AUGGAAAAUAAUAAUAAUAACCAAGAUGAAGAUAAUACACCAAUUCCUCAAUUUAAAUGUCCAGAUUGGGCAUCCACUCCAAUUUCCAAUGCAUUUUUAGAGGUUUAUAAAAAUGGUGAGGUUAUUAACCAAAUUGAUAUAUCAAAAGAAAAAUACACUGUUUUUGGAAGAAAUUCAGAUGUUUCAAAUGUAGUUUUAGAUCACCCAUCAGUAUCAAGAAGACAUGCAGCUUUAGUUUAUCAUGGUGUAAAUGAUAGAUUUUAUUUGAUCGAUUUAAAUUCAGCUGAAGGUACAAUGGUAAAUAAUGAAAAAAUCAAACCAACAACACCAACAACAGUUAAAGAGGGUUUUACAUUCAGUUUUGCAUCCUCUUCAAAACAAUUUGUUUUAAAAAAUACAGCACCAGUUAGAGCACCAACUUUACAAGAGGUACGUUGUCGUCAUCUUUUAGUUAAACACAGAGGUUCAAGAAACCCAUCAUCAUGGAGAGAAACAAACAUCACUAGAACCAAAGAAGAGGCCAUUGCUCAACUUUUAGAGUACAAAAAAAUGAUCGAUAGUGGUAAAAAUAAAUUUGAAGAUUUAGCCAAAAAAUAUUCAGAUUGCAGCAGUGCUAAAAGAGGUGGGGAUUUAGGUCAUUUCAAAAGAGGUCAAAUGCAAAAACCAUUUGAAAACUGUUCAUUCAGUUUACAAGUUGGUCAAAUUUCAGAUAUUGUAGACACUGAUUCAGGUGUUCAUAUCAUUCAAAGAUUAGAAUAA